AUGCGUUCGCGAAGUCCAUCUCGGGAUGGGACCACCCGGGAAUUUGUCCUGGAGCUCGGCUCAGGCUCCCUGCGGAAGACCGCUCACAUAUUGAAGAGCAUGUCUCGUCUCGUCCAGGGACGAUCUCCGACCAACUAUUACGCGCUUGAUCUGGAGAGACGGGUGCUCGAGCAAACGCUGGGGGAAAUUCAGACCUCCGAGCUCGGCCAGUGUCUCGAUGGGAAGGUCAUUACGAAGGGGUUGUGGGGGACAUUCAACGACGGGAUCCAAUCCAUCAAAGAUGGCACUAUUGUCUCAGCUGAAUCCUCUGACACGGUUGACGACUCUCGAAUUCAACUCCAUGUCAUGUUCUUGGGCCUGUCUUUGGGAAACUUCCCCAGGGACGAGGCGGGAGCAUUCCUUCGAUCGCUCCCGUUGCGUCCAGGAGCAGGGGAUACUCUACUUCUCUCUUUGGAUCACACCGACGAUAAGGACAAAAUUGAGGUCGCGUACAACGACCCACAAGGCUACUGUCGGCGCUUCAAGAUGAAUGCCCUUCGACAUACCGGUCGAGUCUUGGGCAACGAGAAACUGUUCCCCGAGGGCGAUUGGGAGUACAUUAAUUUCUAUGACACAGAGAGACGUCAACACAAGUCUUACUAUAAGGCGAGACGCUCGUGUACACUGUCCUCUUCCUCCAUGAAGUCCGAUUUCCACUUCAGUGAGAACGAGAUGCUGAAAAUUGAAGAGUCUGUGAAGUACUCGGAAGAUGACACUCGUAAACUCUUUAGCGAGGGAAACCUCAAGCCUAUACAUAGAUGGACUGAUCCGCUUGGGUCCUACUCUGUGUGGCUCCUACAUCGACCGGUGCCAGCAAUCGGGGGUCGAAGGAUUGAUAUCAGAGGAGAAACUGAAUUACUUAACUGA